UUCCAGAGGACAGCCUUCGAGAGUGUUGUAGACAUCGAUAUCAAUGACAUAUUUCAAGACCAUUGCCGACAUUUUCGAGAAAUAUAUUGCAGUUUCGGUCAAACGAGCGCCAAAUGGAUGUUUCCGUCGGGACCUCUGACCACACGAAUGGGUGAUCUGUGGAGCGGAAAGAAUAUGAUAUCAAUGAAAACAUUACUCGUCACCAAAGAUAACGGCAAUGAAGGCAACGGACAACAACUAAAACUAUACGCAAAGAACUCAAUGGACAGAUUCGGUGAUGACAUGUGUGGACUCAUAUUAUCGUAUCUCUCACUCGAAGAUAAGUUUCGAUGUGAAUGUGUGUCCAAACAGUUCCAGAGGACAGCCUUCGAGAGUGUUGUAGACAUCGAUAUCAAUGACAUAUUUCUAAAGCGAAUGAGAAUUAAAUACAAUAGCGAAGGGUUGACUAGAAUUGCCAAAAAGUGUCCAAACAUUCAAAGCAUUGAAUUUCGCGAAAUAAAGUCAACAAAAGAAGAACACAUUCUCGAAGUGUUGAACACAUUUCGGGCCAAUUGUCGGCAGUUAAGAGAAAUUAGA